AUGACGCUAUCGGCCUGGAUUAUACUAGUGACUCUUGCCAUGGCAUCUGUCCUAACGCCAGAGGACAAUGUCCGUCUGCGCCGACUUACUGCGUAUGUAGCGAACGCAGACGCCUCCAUAGUCCUUUUAACCUAUACAGAGUACGAGGAAGGCACAAACCACGGAAAUAGUAUGCUCUGGAGAAUCAAUGACCCGCUUGAGGCUGAAUACCCAUUUGACCCGGAUGACAUAUCCCUUUUGAAUGCAGAGAGGGUAUGUCCCGAGCUUGUAGGAGUUGGGGAUCUUCAGUACUCAACGCAUAACCAGGCUUUUUACUUUACAGCCCAGGGGCCAGAUGGCACGAGCCAAGUUUACUCGUAUAACCACAAGCUGGAGACGUGCACGCAGAUAUCUUUCCUGCCUAUUAGCGUUUCCAACUUGAAGGUCUCACCCAAAGGCAAUUCCGUCUUGUUUUCCGCAGAGAUAUUUGUUUAUCCCAAUAACCACGCUUCUGUAGAUGAUCCCUUAAAUUUUGCACACGACGAAUUUGCACGUAUUCAGGCCAGACCCUACAAAGCAUUUGCUUACGAGCAAUUGUACACACGCCACUGGGAUGAGGACAUCCUUCCAUCGCAGUACCGCCACCUUUUUGCAGCACGGUUAGAGCGGUCAUCUGAGUAUGACGACGACUAUGUGCGUAUCACCGUGGACAACUCAAUCGAUUUGAUGCCUAGAUUUGAUGGAGAUUGUCCCAUGAGGCCGUUUGCAGACGCUUCUUCAUACACCUUUGAUUCUCAUGGCCGGUAUGUUGCGUUUGUGACACAAGUGGGGUCAACAGCUGCCUUUUACACCAAUGAUUCGAUUUGGAUCACCGACCUUCAGCAGUUUCUGGACGCUAAGAAACCAGUUCGUGACGUUGUAUUGCCUCUUAGAUGUGCUACCUGCUGGAAUAAAGCACGAGACCAGCGACCGGCUUUCAGCUAUGACGGUAUUUUCCUCUACUAUGCGUCCAUGGACGAAGAGCAAAGUGAGUCUGAUCUCUUACGUCUUCGGAAGCAGAAUGUCUCUGAUCUCUUUGAGUACGACUGCGAUUCACUGUUUUGUGGUCCGGUGACUGGAGAAGGCGUUUUUAAUCUGACUGCCGGCGUUUUUGAUAGGUCCAUUGGCCAGUUUAUUAUCCCUACAGACUCCACUGAAGACUCUAUCUAUAUCCUUGCGGAGGAUCACGCACGUACCAAUCUGUUUCGAUACAACGAAGAAUCCUCGACCGUGACUCGUCUGACAUACAAUGGGACACUCGGGUCUCUGUUAUAUUUACGGCACAACAAGAUUUUCCUUGCUACAAUGUCUUCGUACACACGCCCAACAGAUCUAGUAAUGCUGGAUCUUACAGUCGCCACUGAAUUUACUGCCACGCGGGAUCCAUCGGAUACUAUGAAGGAUGAUCUGAUUAAGAUUAGCUAUCUGACUGACUUGAAUAGGCAGCGUUUGAGGCACAUAGAUGAAUUACAAGAGCCAGAGGAAUUCUAUCUCCCCAGCAAGAGCUUUCCUGACCAGUACGUUCAUUCGUGGUACUUUGCUCCAGCGAACCUGAGAGACAGUCACGAGUAUCCUCUUAUCCUCUAUGUGCAUGGUGGGCCAGAAUCCCCGUGGGCCAACUCUUGGUCGUACAGGUGGAAUCCGCAGCUAAUUGCAGCGAGAGGAUAUGGUGUACUAGCAACAAACUUCCACGGAUCCAGUAGCUUUGGCGAGGUGUUUCAAAAGUCUGUCCGUGGGAAUUGGUACAGCUACCCACUGGAGGACAUAAUGGACGCUUGGUCUAACAUUUAUACGCAUGCGGAUAAGGCAUAUCUUAGUAGAGAGAAGGUCUGUGCCAUGGGUGCAAGUUUUGGAGCCACGUUCAUGAACUACAUGAAUUCGCACGUCAACAAUGUCACUUGUUAUGUAACUCACGAUGGAGUCUUCGACACCAUGUGCAAUGCGUUGGAGACAGAUGAGCUCUUCUUCCCAGUCAGAGAGUUGGGCGGAUUUCUCUUGGAUGAGCAGGUGGACAAUCAGCAACUCUAUGAGAAAUGGAAUCCAGCGCGAUUUGUCGAAAACAUGUCCGCGCCAAUGCUUGUGAUCCAUGGGCAAAAGGAUUAUAGAAUUCAGGUUUAUCACGGGAUAUCCCUUUUCCAGGCUCUUCGACUCCGAGGAAUAAAGACAAAGCUUGUUUACUUUCCCACGCAAUCCCACUGGGUAUGGCAGCCACAAGAGAGCCUUUUCUGGCAUACGCAGGUGUUUGACUGGCUAGAUACUUACCUUUAG